AUGAUAUUUUCAAAGUCGAUCUUCCCCCUGCUCCCACCGUAUGCCCAGGAUCCCAAUGCCCAGCGGGUUGUCGUGCAUCCUGACGGGAUGACUCCAUAUCUGGGCCUGAGAGCUCGUCUGUCUCAAGUCUGGCUGAAUCGAUGGACCAUCCUAUCGCUACUCGUAUUGGCAAGGGUCCUUCUGGCCGUCGUCAGCUUGCACUCCGAUAUGGACGAUGCCCAGCGAGAAGCUCUAUCGGCCUGUACGGCGGUCGAGUCGAUGGGCAGCUCCAUGGCUUCCAUGCCCCAUUACCUAUCCCGAGGGGUUAACGAGCUCACAGCCUCCUCCGUCGAGGCGGCCGUCCAUGGACUCAAAGUGAUGCUGAUGCUCACCCUGACAGGGGUCGAGGAGCUCGUCAUUUUCUUCAUCAAAGUCAUGUAUCAGACGUACCUGUGUCUGUUUACCCUGGUCGUCCGUGGUAGUGCUCAUAUUGCUCUCGGCGUGCUACAAGACGCCACCGAUUUCUUGAACUCGACAAUCAAAACCAUCGGAGAGGACAUCCACAAGACCGUCGACACGUUCGAGAGCGGUCUGGACAAGUUCAUCGAUGGCAUCAACGGAGUGACCAGCAUCUUUGGUGGUAACGGAGACGUGCCCAAGCUGGACAUCAGCAGCUCUCUCGACGAACUCACCAAUCUUCGCUUGCCCGGCAAUAUCAACUCCACGAUCGACAAGCUCAACAGCUCCAUCCCCACGUUUGAUGAGGUGGACAAGUUCGUCGUGAACGUCCUCCGUGCUCCGUUCGAGGAAGUCAAGCAUCUGGUCAACAGGUCGCUGAGCAACUACACCUUCGACCGCUCCACGUUACCCGUCCCAGCGAAAGAACAGAUGACCUUCUGCAACGACAACAAUGGCAUUAACUCCUUCUUCGACCACGUGGCGGAUCUCGUAGAUACGGCCCGCAAGAUUUUUAUCGCCGUGCUGGUCCUUGUGGCCACUCUCGCCUGCGUCCCUGCCGCUUGGAACGAAAUUCGUCGCUGGCGGUCCAUGAAGGAGCGCUCACAGCUGGUCCGAAAGGACGCUCACGAUCCCAUGGACGUCGUCCACAUUGUGUCUCGGCCCUACAGCUCCGCCGCCGGAAUCAAAGCGGCCAGUCGAUUCAGCAACAGUCGUCGGCAAACCCUGGUGCGGUGGGUGGUCGCAUACGCCACGUCAACUCCGGCUCUCUUUGUUCUGAGUCUCGCACUCGCCGGUCUCUUCUCCUGUCUCUGCCAGUUCUUGCUUCUGCGCACCGUCCAGAAAACAGUCCCCGAGCUAACUACCGAAGUUGGCCAGUUCGCAGACAAAGUGGUCGGCAAACUUGAAAACACCUCAGCGGAAUGGGCCCGAGACGCCAACGGCGUCAUCAGCCACAUGAACCACGACCUCAACGACAACAUCCUGGGAUGGGUGAAUACCAGCACGACCGCCUUAAAUGAAACGCUCGACGCGUUCAUCGAGAAAACCACCGGCGUCCUCAACGACACCUUCGGCGGCACGGUCCUCCUCGACCCUCUCCAGGAAGUCUUCCGCUGUCUCAUCGGACUGAAGGUCGAAUCUGUACAGAAGGGCCUCACCUGGGUGCACGAUCACGCUCACAUCAACUUCCCCAACCUCCCGAACGAUACCGAGCACUUCCUCGCCGACCCCGGCGACUCGACCUCGAACAAAGUCACCGAGGUUGUCAUCCGCGUCGUGCAAAAAGUUGAAGACGGCAUCCGCACCGAAACCAUCAUCGCCUCCUGUAUUCUCCUCGUCUGGGUCCUCAAUGCCCUAUUCGGUCUGAUCCGCGCUUUGACUCUGUUCUGGAAUCGAGACCGAACCCGCGGCAAUGGCGGAGGAGGAGCUCCUCCCAUAUCCUCGAUGGCUUCCAAUCCCGAUGCUAAUGGGUUCAUUGAUGUCCCGUUGACCGCAAUACCGAAAUCCGACGCGCCUCGGUCUCAGCCAGCUCCGCGAUAUGAGGCCUCUCCUGCGGUCGUUGGAGGUGCUGGUUGUAGUAGGAGUGAGCUUGAAUACGAGGACGAGAAAUUAGGCUUUGCGGGACAGCGGAAUUAUGGCUCUGCACUCAAGGUCAAUGGGACGUCAGAUCUGCGUGGGAGCAGUUAUGUGGAAUAUGGCAUGGAAAAACGGUAG